AUGGACGGUCAGCAGAGCACGGCGAAGCUGAAGAGGACACAGUCCUCUCUCCUCCGCUCAUCUCCGACCAUCAGAUCCUCAAUCCAAACCCUAUCUUCCGUAAACGAGAUCAGACAAGACGAAGAAGACGAAGAGGAACAAAAGCCCCACAAACCCGGUCCAUCCCCGGUUCGCCGCCAUUCUGGCCGGUUCGCCCCGUUUUUCGCCCUCCUCUCCCUCUCUCUCUGCACCCUCUUCCUCUAUUUCGGCAGAGACGACAUACCCACCUCGGAAAACCUCCUCUUAGCCCUGAUUUUCGUCGCCAUCGCUCUCUUCUUCGCUGGCAAAAACAAGGGUUUGAUUCACCAAAGCUAUUUGUUUCUCUCCAAGCGACUUGGGUUCUCGCAGAACAACCACAAACCGGUCCAAUGGUUCAUCGGCGAGUCGAUUGUGUCGAAAAAAGACCGAAAAUCGAAGCGAAUUGUCAGAGAAGGGGUUGAAUUUUACAGCAAUGGUGAUUUCUAUGAAGGGGAGUUUCACAAAGGGAGGUGUAAUGGGAGUGGAGUGUACAAUUACUUUGUGAAUGGGAGGUAUGAGGGAGAUUGGGUUGAUGGGAGGUAUGAUGGGUAUGGGAUUGAGAGCUGGGCGAGAGGUAGUCGGUUUCGAGGACAGUAUCGGCAAGGUCUCCGGCAUGGUUAUGGAGUUUAUAGGUUUUAUACAGGGGAUGCUUAUGCAGGGGAGUGGUGUAAUGGGCAGAGCCAUGGUGUUGGAAUGCAGAGUUGCUCCGAUGGAAGCAGUUAUGUUGGUGAAUUCAAGUGUGGAGUCAAGCACGGCCUCGGUUCUUACCAUUUUAGAAAUGGGGAUAGAUAUGCUGGGGAAUACUUUGGGGACAAAAUCCACGGCUUUGGUGUUUAUCACUUUGCUAAUGGCCACUGUUACGAGGGGUCAUGGCACGAAGGCCGUAAGCAAGGAUAUGGCAUGUAUUCAUUCCGAAACAGAGAUACAAGGUGUGGCGAAUGGGACUGUGGCAAUCUUAAGAUGCCUCUACCGCCACUGACUGAUGCCGUCCUUCGAGCAGUUCAGGCAGCUAGAAAAACAGCUGAGAAUGCAAUUCACCUUCGGCGAGUGGAUGAACAAGUGAAUAAGGCAGUCCUGGCUGCAAACAGAGCUGCCACUGCUGCUAGAGUCGCUGCUGUCAGAGCCGUUCAAAACAGAAUGGAUGGCAAAUUUUGUGAUACUGACAUCUAAAUUUACUAAAUUGUUACUUCGACAAUGAACCAACCACCCCAGUAAGCACAAGCUCAUCUGAGGUUGAAAGAGAAGAGUGUGUUCUGAGUUUGGUUGAUCACACUGUAACUUUGUAUAUAAAUCCAUAUGUACAGUAAUGGAAGAUGAGUUUUUCAGAGCUUCUUCUUCUUCUUUUUAUUUUUUUUAUUAUUUUUUAUUGUAUAUCUUGAUCUUGAUUAUGUGAUCGUUGUUUGGGAUGGACCAUGAAGCUCCAUUAUUGUUGUAUUUUGCAAAACAAUAAUGAGAUCAUAGGUUUGAUCACAUAGCGUCUCUUUUACAGAAUCAUCAUUAUCCACAACACAACUGGUAUGGCAAGGCCUUGUCUCCAAA